AUGUUUCUAGCAUUUUUUACAUCGUUAUUAAAAGCCUUUUUUGCUGAAGCACUGGGUCUUGCGCCCUCACAACAAACAAAAGCAUACCGUAGAGACGCUGGAUGGGAUCUAUAUGCUUACGAAGAUAUUAAGGGGCAACAAUCAGAGGCCAAACCGUACUCUGUAUUUGUACAAUUGAUGGAUAGACUGCAUCUGGAGAAGAAGCCGUCAGACAUCAAUCCAACUGAUCUACUGGCUUCAGGUGACAAUACCUCGACUCUGGGCGGUGACCAAUCACGACACAUUCAGGCACGCAUUGAAGAGGUGCGGAAUGUUAGCCGAAUGGCCCCUCCUACAAAUAACAAUGAGAAGUCAGACUUCAUCAACGGAGGCAUAUAUCACAUCGGACAUUUCGGCACUGGAAGAAAAGAUCGGAAGGCGGUAUUGGUGAAAGCAGUUCCGGAAGAAGUACCAUUUCGUGCCGUGUUCUUUCUAGAGACAAUUCAAUGGGUUGUCGGAGCCUUUGUUUACAAUGAAGGAUAUAAAAUAGAAUAUUCGACCAUUGUGCUAGUUCCAUUCGUUCUGGGAUGCGCCGUGAUGUCGUUGAUUGAUUCAACUCUAAACGGAACGCUGUAUCAUGGAGUACUCUUCUUCAGCGCCAACUUCUCCGUGGCAAUGUUAAUAACAGUCAUAUGGCAGAUGCUCGGCAUUUAUCACGACUUUAGUGAGAUAUUAAUUCCCAUGGUCACUGUAACCAUUGUGGCUGAGGUUGUUAUAAUACUGACUGUCGCGGAUUCAUGGAGGAAAGGAGAAUGGAAAUUACACGAUAAAUCACCAAAAGGGAAAUCUCAUCCAAAGAUGGACGAAUUCUCUGAUCGCCUGACGGGCAUGUUUUAUAGCAUUGUCAACUUGUAUGGUCCGUUGACAGCAACCAAUGUUAUUAUAAGUAUAGCAAGAGGAGAUUGGUUAACUUUUGUGUUCGACCUUGGCACAUUUACACUAUCAACAAUAACGAUGAGAUUGAUGACUAUUGGGGUCCGCCUUCAAUCGAACAUACUUAUGAAUCUAUCCUAUACGUUAAGCUUGAUUUUAAUGGUAUCCCUACCGUUUCGCGUUCUUGGAGAUACGAUUAGUCCGGAUAAAUUGUUUUCUGUAAUCAUUCUUGGAAUGACGGUAUAUUCUGGCUUUGUUGGACGACAGUGCCAGACGUUGUUUGAUAAGAAUCUAAAGAUAAACUAG